AUCAACAAAGGCUAAUUUGACAUUAUAAGAAGCUAAACUCACUCUGAAUAACCUCUAUCUUUGUCUAUCUGCACAUCUUCAACAACUCUGAAAUGUCUUCCGUUCUCAUUUACACUUUCUUCUCUUUCCAUUUCGUGCUUUUUCCGGCAUUUUUCGUUGCUGUCAAUGGAGCUUUCUCUGAGAAAUUGAUCGCAACGAAGCGUGACGAGAAGAUGACCCAUCUCCAUUUCUUCUUCCAUGACAUAACCAGUGGGAAGAACCCAACUGCUGUCAACAUUCUUACAGCCCCGGAUGGAACCAGAAGUGGCUUUGGAAGUACAGUGAUGAUUGAUGAUCCACUAACAGAGGAGCAAGACGUCUCUUCAAAGCUUGUUGGAAGAGCUCAAGGGUUUUAUGCUAUGGCUUCACAGAGUGAUUCUUCAUUGCUGAUGGUCUUGAAUUAUGUAUUCAUUGAAGGUCAGUAUAACGGGAGUACCCUUAGUGUUCUUGGGAGGAAUUCUGUGUUUUUGAAUGUGAGGGAAAUGUCAAUUGUUGGGGGUACUGGGUUGUUUAGAUUCGCUAGAGGCUAUGCGUUGGCGCAUACGGUUUGGUUUGAUGCAAGUACAGGAGAUGCCAUUGUUGAAUACAAUGUCUAUGUAUCUGGAGAAGAUACGUCCGGCCAGGCGGUGGACACGGGCAAUACGUCCGGCCAGGCAGUGGACACGGGCAACACGUCCGGCGCGGCCAAGGACAGGUUGUUGCCCCAAUUUGUUGUCUGUGUGUUGUUUCAUUUGUUACGGUUCAGAGUUAAAAUUGAAUGAAAGAAACCAUUAGUGUAUCUAUGAAGUACCAACAACCAUGGACUAGAUUGCAAAGGUCAGAGGCAUGCUUUGCAGAGUCCAGGCAAAAGAAGAGGCUCAUGAUAGUGGGUGUUGGAGAGGUUUUGUGGGCCAUUGCCACUAAAAUAUGUUUGAUCAUGUCAUCUUCUUUCUUUUUCUAUUACUUUGUAAAGGUAGGCCAUUUCACUUUUGCUUAUAAAAUUUGGUCAUGUCAUCUUCUACAUUUUCUGUAACUUUGCAUAGGCAGGACAUUUCCGUUCGAAAAUAAUAAAGAUAUCAACAGUUGGUAUCUCAGUUA